GUUUUACUGUCAGUGGACGUGAUGCGUUUCAACGAGAAGGAGCUGGUGUCUCUGAGCCGCCAGCCCUCGGAGAUGGCAGCCGAGCUGGGGAUGCGAGGACCCAAGAAAGGAGACGUUGUAAAGAAGAGGCUGGUGAAACUCGUUGUUAACUUCCUCUUUUAUUUCCGAACUGAUGAGGAGGAGCCAAUUGGAGCUUUGCUGCUGGAGCAGUGUCGGGUGGAAAAGGAGGACAGCCAGAGCUUUUCUAUUGCAUUUCUGGAUGAAGCAGAGAGGAAGUAUCUGUUUGAGUGUGACUCAGCAGAGCAGUGUAGGGAGUGGGUCGACUCGAUUGUGAAGGCCAGUUACGAGUUCAUGAGGAAGAACCUCAUAUUCUAUCGAACUGAAAUCCACAGGCUCACUGGCAAGGACCCCUUGGAGCAGUACGGGAUAUCAGAUGAAACUCGCUUCCAGGUCAACAAUGGCCUGCGACUCAUGCCCAGUGAUACCUCCUCCCUGUAGAGCAGCUACCUGUGUCCACAUGUACUUUAUUUUCAUUUCAGUCUGCCCUGCAUUACCCUAAACACACCAGCUCUUUAGAUAUUUACUGCUCUAAAUGUAUUUAGUGUCGCAGGGGCAUUCACACCCAUUUUUUACCCUCACUUUCUUCUUCAGCGAUAAAGGCAGUAAUGUUUCCUUUUACUCACACCUCCUCAAACCAUAUCUCAAAACACUGACAAGUCCGAUCUCCCCCGCCACAGCCUGAACGUACCGCCCCCGUUCUAAAUAAAUGGGACGGCCGACGCAGGCAGACUGAACGUGGCUUUAUAGCGGGAUAUCUAAGGCUACACAAAGUAAUGGAGUGAUUUCAAUCAUCACAGGUUACAAGGGGCUGUGGAAAAGUGGGCAGGCUUCAUUUUGGUUUAGGGGAUAUGACAUGCCAUUUUCCAACUCUGUCUUGGUUAAUUGGUUGUCUGUAUAAAUGUGUUUUUAUACUAUGUUUUUCUACUGGACUUUUAGACCAUGUGAUUUUCAGAGCGUCAGAUGAUGUACUUGCAGAUGCUGUAGAGCUGUGACUUUCUUUCAGGACAUAUGAAUACUGAUAACUGAGUAAAUGUAUACUGCUUGAAGAAGCUUAUGAUUAUUAAAUACGGUGCUCAAUUUAGAACAUAUUUGGCAGUAUUUACUGUCCCAAUUUAAACUGCAUGGGCCCUUUGAUUUGCUGAGCUGAGCCACCCUUUUCACUCCAUUUUUGGAUUUUUAAGCUAUCCCAUUAUGUAUUCAUCAUCUAGCCCAUUUAGACUAUUUAGUUUUAAAAACUAUAUUUUUGCACAA